AUGGCAGUUGUGGAUGAAUCUGUUUCAAGCUAUGAAGGAAAACGACACUUUUGCUGGUAUUUCCUGGACAAGAGCUUGAUACAGUUUUGUUUCAUGCAGUUUAUACAGGAUGAACUGGAUGCUGUUGUUCAGGUAUGGAAUACCCAUCUGAUACGCCGAAGUCAGUACCAAAGUAUACGAUCCAGUCUAUAUCGUGAACGUCGCAAGAAAUAUCCAGCCAUGCCGUCGACGAGAGGUGAAGUUACUUUGGAUGGCGGCUUGACUACCACGGUUCAGGGGGAACGGUUCCUCUUUGGGGAAGACGGCGAUGGAGAUGAAAAGAUUAUUGCCUUUGCUUCUAACGUUGGUUUGCAGAAACUUUCGAUAGCGAAAACUUUCUAUGUUGAUGGAACGUUUGGCUCAGCUCCUCGCAUCUUCUACCAGAUCAUUAGUAUACAUGUGUUUGUGAUGGGUGUCAUGAUGCCUCUAGUGUUUGGGUUUCUCCCGAACAAGUCAACUUCAACCUAUGUGAGAUUCUUAACACUUGUCAAGAACAAUGCUGCAGCACUUGGAUUUAUCGUGCAACCUUUGCGUGUGAUGAUGGACUUCGAAUUAGGGCUCAUGAAUGCACACUCCACUGUCUUCCCUGGUGUGCAAGUGAAAGUGUGUUACUUUCAUUAUUCUUGGCGUCUUAAGUAUUGA